AUGAUUUUCACCAACUUCUUCGCUGGCGUUGUCGCCCUCUCUGUCGGUGUUAGCGCCGGUCCUUGCCGUAUCAGCUCCCAGUCUUCUGGAUCUGUUGCUGCCACUACCACCACCGCUGCUGAGACAUCAUUGGCCACUUCUGUCAUUCUCACCACCUCUGCCGCCGACUUUACUACUGAUCUUACAACCUUCCUCACCCUCACUGGAACAGCCUCUGCGGAUGUCACCUCUGCCGCUGAGGAUACCACCACUGCUGCCCAGGAUACAACCACUGCUGCUGAGGGUACUACCACUGCCGUUGUUGAGGAGACUACCCCUGCCGAGACCACAGCUGUCGGUACUACUGCUCUCGAGGCUACCACUACUGCCGAGGCCACUACCUCUGACGAAGUUGUCAUUAUUACCCCCACCAUCGAAUUACCUGAGGCGACGACUUCUGCUGCUGUGGCUGCACAGUGCCAUACCAACGAGGAGUGCGAUUCCCUUCUCGACGUAAGCGGACUGAGCUGCGCCGAAAACUAUUGCGUGUGCAAAGAAGACCUCUUGUGUCACGUUGAGGCAUACUAG